AUGGGCGGGCAUAUCAGCACCGGCAUUUCACGAGGAGAGGGAGUGAUUUCACGCUCUCACCUGCCCUGCCUUCUUACCACUUGCUUGCCUUCCCCAACCCUCCCCCCACUCGCCCCCUACCCCCGGCAGCCCAUGGGAGUGUGGCUGCGGCAGCGCAUGCAGGAGGUGGCAUGCAUGCUUUUGUGCUCUUACAAUCCUUGCUUUCUGACCCACUUGCUUCCCUUCCCCAACACCCGCUCUCUCCCCUACCCUUUCUCUCCUCGCCAGCCCAUGGGAGUGUGGUUGCAGCAGCGCAUGCAGGUGGCAUGGGCGGUCAUAUCAGCACAGGCGGUUCACAAGGAGAGGGAGCGGCUCCGGAAACGUGUGGCUGAGGUGAAGACACGUGUCAGGCAGCUAGUGGCUCUCGUGCCUCGGCUGCUCAAGCAGGGAGGGGGAGAGGGAGUGAGGAGAGGAGGGGGAGGAGAAAAGGGAGGAAAGGAAGGGGAGGAGAGAGGAAGCAGGGGGGUGGAGGGUGGGAUUAGCAUGGAGGGAAUCAUGAUGGGUGAGUUUUUCCUGGCGGAUAUUCUCAAUGCCACUAACGCUACAGCUGCUGCAAAUGCUACAGCUGGUGUGAAUGUUACUGUUGGUGAAAAUGUUACUGCCGGUGUGAAUGUUUCGGCAGCUGCUGAUGCCACCAAGGGUGCAGCUGAUGCCACCAGAAUUGUGAACAGCAGAGAAGCAAGAAAGGCCGGUUCUCAGGCUGCAGUGCUUGUGGCACCCCCUGCACCGGUUGGUGCUGCUGAUUCUACCAGAGGUGCUGCUGAUUCUACCAGAGGCGCUGCUGAUUCUACCAGAGGCGCUGCUGAUUCCACCAGAGGCGCUGCUGAUUCCACCAGAGGCGCUGCUGAUUCUACCAGAGGCGCUGCUGAUUCUACCAGAGGCGCUGCUGAUUCUACCAGAGGUGCUGCUGAUUCCGCCAGGGGCGCAAUCACCAGAGAAGCUAGAAAAGCCGUUUCUCUGCCUACAGUGGCUGUGGCACCCCCUGCACAUGAUGCUGCUGACGUUGGGACUCGCAAAACGCCGUCUUCGCUGGUGUCAGGUGCAAGUCGAGGUGAUGAGAAGAGUGAUGUGAGGGUUGGAGUUUCAGCAGCUGUAACAGCUGUGGUUGAGAGUAGGAAUGGGUAUGAGAAGGGAAGAUGA